UACUCACCCCCACCCAACAAGUCUACAGGCAGGGCCACACCCACACACACUAGUGUCCCAAAAAGUCCACAGAGCCUCGCAGACCAAAAAAUAAUUUCUCUCCUCAGUCUCUGUCUCUCUGUCUCCUCCGCUCUUCAGCCUUUAGCCUGCGCACUGUUGAAGAUUAUUAACUCCUCCAUCUUCUAAAAAUGAAAGAGAACGAUCCACCGACACUCAUAACAAUCCCAUCAACCACCGCCACACCAAAGGUCUUCAGGAAGGACACAUCACCUUCUUCUUCUUCUUCUUCUUCUUCUUCUUCUUCUUCUUCUUCUUCUCCAUCAUCCAAAGGCAGAAGCUUUUUGGACAAGACUCGCUACAAGUUCUGGGUUUUAGCUGCGAUUCUCCUGCUGGCUUUCUGGUCCAUGUUCACCGGAUCCGUUACCCUCAGGUGGUCCGCCGGCAACUUAACUCGCUUCUCCGACGACUUGGACCUUCCAUCCUUCGACGAUCUUGAUAUUCUGGAGGUGGAGGAGAGAGAGAAGGUGGUGAGGCACAUGUGGGAUUUGUACACCCAGAGCAGCAGAAGUAGCAGCAAUCGAUUGCCUCGGUUUUGGCAGGAGGCUUUUGAAGCAGCUUACGAGCAUUUGAGCAGUGAUGUUGCCUCUGUUCGGGACGCUGCCGUUUUGGAGAUAGCCAAGAUGUCCAUCCGCUCCAUCAUACUCGACCCAUUUCCCGUUCAACUUCAUUCAGCGAGCAAUAGAGAAUUGAAAAAGAGAUCCAAGAAAGCAGAGGAAAGCAACAAGGUAGCUACAGCAGUAGCAAGUAGCUGAAAACUACAAUCCUGCCUUCCAUUUUGCUACUUACUCAUUCAACUCCUGCUCAGAAGAAGUCCACCUGGACUAUACACACAAUUUAUAUAUAAUAUUUGCCCAUCAGAGCAAGACGAAGACCCAUCUGAUCUGUAUUACAAUCUGAACCCAUGCAUGUACCAUGUUUUAUAUUAAGGAGGAUUGCGGUGAAUUCAACUGUUUGUUUUUA